AUGUCUGCUGACGAACCCUACGUCCCUACUGCGGUAGAUAUCUCAACAACUGGUUCUCUAUGUAUGUACUUUGCAGGAAACGCUGCUGCCAAAUGGCAGAGUAUUCCGUCCAGCGGCAUUCUAGAAUGGUUGUCGAAGUACUACCUCACAACCGACACCCCAAGCCCGGCAGACAUUCUCGCAGAAACAGGCUGGAGUGAAGAUUUCUAUAUGACAUUCGAAGCCAUGAUGGGUAACAUUAGCGAUAUCGCACCGGUCUAUGCUGAUAUCCUAACCUUGGCCCCACACCCAAAGGUCCGCACCUUCAUCAUUCCUGUAUUCGCUGCCUUCACCGCGAUUUCCACGAUUGUUCUUGCUCUCAGAAUUUGGUCCCGUAUUUCGAUCGCCGGAAAGUUGCAAGCAUUCGAUUGGGCGACCCUAUUCGCUUACAUGGUGAUUGUCGCGUGGGGCGGACUCGCCGUACAUGAGAGUACUGCUGUUGGCGGCUGGGGAUUUUACUGUGACCAAACUUUCGAACAGGCACAUGCUUAUGAAAGGGCCUGGGGUAUCUUGACAUUCACCUAUCCGAUUGCAGUUCUCACCAUCAAAGUUUCAUUGCUCCUGUUCUAUCACCAACUCUCUGCCUGGAGGCCACUCCGCAUCAGCGUCUAUGUCACCGGAUUCAUUUGCUUCGCUAACGCCAUGUGCGGUGUCUUCCUCUGGGUUUACCAAUGCACCACUCCUAAUCUCUGGGAUCAUAUGGUCGAUCUUUCUAACAACAUGAGCUGUCCACUCGACCAAAUGACCGUUCUUAUGGCCGUGGGUGGAGUUGGUAUUUUCACUGACGUCGUCAUCUGGUUGAUUCCAAUCCCUAUGGUCUGGCAGCUCCAGUUGAACACUCGAGAGCGCGUCCUUGCUGUCUGCACAUUCGGUGUUGGUUUGGUUGCAUGCGUUGGCUCUGUUAUGAGACUUGUUGCAAUCCGUCGAUUCUUGUACUACGGAAACGAAGACGGAAACGACUCUCGUGACCCCAUUAAUGCUUGGGCUGUUGUUGAAAUGAAUCUCGCCCUCAUCUGCGCAUGUGUUCCUGCUCUCCGCGCACUUGUUGUUAAGCACGUCCCAAGAAUUAUUUCGCGUACUUCCGAAGGUACCGAUGUCAGCAAGGGCUCCAAGGGUUCAUCCAGCUAUAAGGGACACGGAAAACCAAGCAUUGUUAGCGAAGAGGAGGGAAACACCAAUGCCUCUGAGCUUGGAGACUAUCCAAGAAACUCCAACACUGAGAAGCCAGAGCCAAAUGUUAAGGUCUGGAGCCCUAUCACGAAUUACAAAGGGGAGGAAUAUUCUCGGAUGCAGGACUGA